AUGAGUGAAUGUUUGAAAUAUCAGAAACCAAAUGAAUUAUGUAUGGAACAUGCAAUUAUUUCACAUAACAUUGACUUUGUUACAUUCUUAAUGAAUGAAUACAAAUUAGAGAUCGAUUUACUUAAUUGCGGAAUAUAUAAAAAUCUUGAAUCAUUUUUGGUUUAUUUCGAUCAAACUAAUGAUAUUAGCAAAUGCUUUAUUUAUACGGUGAUGUUUGAUACUCCAUCUCUUUGUGAAUAUUUCAUUACGCAUGGUGCAAAUAUCAAGGAAAAAGAUAAUGAUGGACACACCGCUCUUCAUAUCGCAGCACAAUAUAACCAUAAAGAAAUAGCCAAACUUCUUAUUUAA